UUAAAGGUCAUGCAUGGAGAGAGUUACCACCAAACAAGCGGCUGCGAACUACACUGAUUAUGGUCUCGCACUGCUACCUCAGCAGUGAAGAACGUCACCUGGAUGAGAGCGGAGCCCUAUCAUCAUUUAUCCAAAGAGACACUGUUAUCGGUUUCAAGGUCACUGAUGCUGCUGAAGAUAUCACGCCUAUCCAGUCUGAUGAAGGACCCAAUGCAAUGACACAGCUGGCCAAGAGAAUGCAGGGAGCCGGAGCUAAAGGUUGGAAAAGUGUAUUGUCUCUAUUCACCAAGGAUGACGAACACCAGCUUCUGGAGGCAGACAAUCAGCCGGCAGCAGAUCAUCCACUGGCAGUGAAGCCAGAAGAGCCUCCUCGACCCAACAAGUGCAGCACUGGAUUCUGGGAUAACUUUGCGACUAAGUGGCACCAAGCUGCUGCGAUGAGGCGAGCGGAGGCCGCGGAGGCAGGAGGCGACGGCAGUGAGGAGGUGGGCAGCGAGAGCGGGGCGAGAGCAGAAGACGGAGAAAACCAGGUCGAGCAGGAGGCAGAGGCGGACGACAGCGGCACGGGAAACAGCUUCUCCAAAUACGCCACGCUCGGAGGAGAGAGUGAAGACACACCGGCCUUCAAGUGGAACUUUGUCACCAGCAAACUGGCUGAGCUGAAGACCAAAAGCAUGGCCAAGAGUAACUAGCCAACAGAGAGAGCAGGUUAUCGCAGU